UCUAUCGAUAAUUCUGCGGUCACACUUCGCCUAAUCUUAUCACAAAAUUUUUUGUGGUGUACGUUCGUGGUCUCGUGGUUGUCUCUGUUCCUCUGCGUUUCGCAUUACACUCUAAAACUCAAGCUCAUCCAAAAUGGCUCCUCCAUCAUACAGCGAUUUGGGCAAGCAGGCUCGCGACAUCUUCAGCAAAGGCUAUAACUUCGGCCUGUGGAAGCUCGAUCUGAAGACCAAGACCUCGUCGGGCAUCGAGUUCAACACAGCCGGACACUCCAACCAGGAGUCUGGCAAGGUCUUCGGCUCCCUGGAGACCAAGUACAAGGUCAAGGACUAUGGCCUGACCCUCACUGAGAAGUGGAACACAGACAACACGCUGUUCACCGAGGUCGCUGUCCAGGAUCAGCUGCUCGAGGGUCUGAAGCUCUCCCUGGAGGGUAACUUUGCCCCCCAGUCUGGCAACAAGAGCGGCAAGUUCAAGGUGGCCUACGGCCAUGAGAACGUCAAGGCCGAUUCCGAUGUCAAUAUUGACCUGAAGGGCCCCUUGAUCAACGCCUCUGCCGUGCUUGGCUACCAGGGAUGGUUGGCCGGCUACCAGAGCGCAUUUGACACACAGCAGUCCAAGCUGACCACCAACAACUUUGCCCUUGGCUAUGCCACCAAGGACUUUGUCUUGCACACAGCUGUCAACGAUGGCCAGGAGUUCAGCGGCUCUAUCUUCCAGCGCACUUCGGACAAGCUGGAUGUGGGUGUGCAGCUGUCGUGGGCCAGCGGCACCAGCAACACCAAGUUCGCCAUCGGCGCCAAAUACCAGCUGGACGAUGAUGCCAGCGUGCGCGCCAAGGUGAACAACGCUAGCCAGGUUGGAUUGGGCUACCAGCAGAAGCUGCGCGAUGGCAUCACUCUGACCUUGUCCACGCUGGUCGAUGGCAAGAACUUCAAUGCCGGCGGCCACAAGAUCGGUGUUGGUCUGGAGCUGGAGGCCUAAGUCGAUGCUUCCCGCGCCAGUCGAGGAAUCUUUGAACUUGUCUAACAUCCCCACACGCCCAACAACAACAACAGCAGAAUCAGCAAUAGCAAAAGUGCAGUAACAACAAGAACAACAAAAUAAAAGUGAAAAGAUAUUCUACAAACUAAAAAAACAACCACACAUUCAAACUAUAAUGAGAAUCUUUCACAUCUUAACGAUUAGACCCUGACCCAGCCGCCCGAAUUUGCAGAGAACACCAGAGACACUGCCAGCAAAAAUGAUGCAAGGGGAAUGGGGUCCGCAGUCCGUCGUCGUUGGAUGUAGCUUUGUUUAGUGCAUUGAAAAUUAGCAAAUUUGUUGUUGGCAAAAUACUACAAUUCAGUAAAAAUACAUUUACCUAUUAAACAAAACUAAAGAAUCUAAAAUCGUGUGGCUCAAAUGGAACUACAUUUUAUCAUUUAGUUGCUGUCUUUUAGGGGUUUGCCCCACAUUCUCUCUUUUGGUGGCGCGAUCAAAACACACAAAAUCCCACAAAAACCACAAUCAUUAUUAAUCCUUUAACUUUUCGUUGUGCAUUUACAUGAAAAAUAAAUCGAGAAGAACAAAUUA